AUGGGUAGCCCGCAUGGACAUGUGGAAGGUUCGAGUGUAGUGGUUUCACCAUCUAAAUUCAGCCCUUUAAUGGAGAUUGAGGAUGAUGGGGAAGAGGAAGCUGCAGAGGUUCAGAACGAGGUUGUGGAGGAGGUUGAGGAAGGUGAGGUUAUCGAGGAGAGAGGGGUCCUACUAAUACCCUCUCGGGGAAAGAGAUCUCAGGUUGCAAAUGUGCACAAGUCAGCUAAGAAGACAAUUGUUAGAACGAAGGACCUGAAGUUCGAAGUAACUAAGCUUCAUAUGAGCGAUCAGAUCAUCACGUGUGCCAUCCAAAUCCCGGAGUCAGGAGAGCAGUUCAUUUGUUCAGCUAUAUACACUCACAAUAUAGCUAUUGAGAGGAUUUCAUCAUGGAGGGAUCUUAGGGGAACACAAGCUUCUUAUGCUUAUCUCAACUUGCCUUGGGUUCUCACUGGAGAAUACAAUGUCAAGCUGGCCUCUAACGAGCAUUCUCGUGCAAUGGAUUACCGCAGUGAUCAGGUGGGAAUGACGCAUUUUCAAGAAGUUAUCACAGACUGUGGAUUACUGGAUCUACCAUAUGUUGGAACUCUGUUCACAUGGUGGAAUAAGAGAGAAGAGGACCCUAUUGGGAAAAAAUUAGACCGAGCUUUGGUCGAUGGUGAAUGGUUGAAACGUUACCCACAAUCUUAUGCAAAUUUUUAUGCUGGAGGGGUGUCUGAUCACGCUAGAUGUUUGGUCAGAUUAACAGGGCAACUUGAUGAAUCCCGUAAGCCUUUUCGUUUCUUCAAUUAUCUUGCUGACCACGAGGAGUUCUUACCAACUGUUAAGGGAGUUUGGGAUACUACACCACAGUUGUAUCAUUCACGCUCUGCUUUAACUUGUUUUCAUCAGAAAUUGAAGCAGUUAAAGUUCCACCUGAAUGCUCUGAAUAAAUCGAAGUAUGGUGAUUUGCUGAUUAGGACUAAACAAGCGUAUGAGGAUCUCUGUGAGUGCCAGAAUAAAGCUCUUUUAGAUCCUAGUCUAGCAACUUUUGCUAGAGCAACAGAGGCUUCAGAAAGAUGCCCAGGAGAAGCUUGUGAGCAGCUAGUUACACCAGUUACUAGUCAAGAAAUCUAUGCAACCCUUCUUUCACUUCCUAAUGAUAAAGUUUUUGGUCCGGACGGCUAUACGAAGGAUUUUUAUGUGGCAGGUUGGCCUGUGAUUGGAAGGGAUUUCAUCACGACACUACAGUCAUUCUUUAUGUUCGGGUUUCUACCUACAAGCAUAAACGCUACGAUAUUGGCUUUGGUCCCAAAGACAGAAAGUGCUCAGAAGAUGAAAGAUUAUAGUCCAAUUGCAUGUUGCAACCUGUUGUAUAAGGUGAUCUCGAAGGUGCUAGCAAACAGACUGAAAGUUAUUUUUCCUGAUGCACUUGAAGCUAAUCAGAGCGCUUUUAUCAAAGAAAGCCUGUUACAGGAGAACAUCAUCUUGGCGUCUGAGUUAGUAAAUGGUUAUCACAAGCAGUCUAUUUCAGAGAGAUGUGCUAUAAAGUUUGAUAUUUCUAAAGCGUUUGAUACGGUCAAAUGA